GGGGGACGAGAGGGGGCCGGCCGGGGGGGCGCUCCCCAGGGCCGGGCGGAGGCGGGGAAGGCGGCAGCAAGCGGCGGCGGAGCCCGGGGCAGCCACGGUGUACUGCAUGAACGAGGCCGAGCUGGUGGACGUGGCCCUGGGCGUGCUGGCCGAGAGCCUCGGGAGGGAACGAGCUGAGGAGAAGGCCCGCAGCGAGAGCGAGGAGGAGCAGGAGCAACAGCCGGCGCCAAGCAGCAGCCCGGAGAGCGCAGCCGGCGUGGGGACGGGCGGUGACCGCAGCCCCGGCCUCCCGUCCCCUCCUGGUGCCGGUGCGGAGAGGACGGUGGGGGAGGACUCCGAGGAGGAUGUGCUGAAAUACGUCAGGGAGAUCUUCUUCACUUGACGGUGCUGCUUCUGUGGGGCCCGGGGUGCACAGGGGGCUGUGGCGGUGGUGUCCGACAGGGGAUGCGCAGGCAAGGGCAGGACUGGGGAUGGCAUAGCCCAUCACGAUGCAGCACGACUACAUUUGGGGUGCCCUCAGACUGUAGAACUCCUGGGUGGUCACGGCUUGAGUCGCUGCACUGUGUGGGUUGACCAAAGCCCCGCCAUGACAAGCUGCGGCCUGGUGAUUCCACCUCCCUUCCCCAAAUUCCUGUCACUGAACUAGCAGUGACACCACAGACCCCAAAAGCAGAGAUGAAGGGAGUGAGAGAAUUAUUGCAAUAAUUGUGCAAAUCCAAGGAUGGUGAUCCUAGCUGGAGCAUGAGUUCAUCAUGGACACCAGCUUUAUAUUUAACUGGUUUGAAAGGACGGAGCACACAUCAUAAGAAAAGGCAUAAAAGAAGGAGGCGUACUCAGCGAGGAUUUGGACUCACCAUAAGCUGGGCUGUAGUCUGACAGCUCACCCAGCAGCAGGGACACCUCUGAUGUUAACUGCCAGGGAGGACGAGGCUCACUUGGCAUGGCUUGAGCAUCGUGAGGAUGUUCUGGAGGAAGCCAGUACCAUGGGGUGGCACGUGGGAUGUGGGGGAGAGUGAUAACUCAUGCACCCAUGUUAUUUGGAGUAAAGCCUUGAGGAAUCAAUCAACUGUAAAUACCUGUCUAGCUUUGGUAGAGAAGAACUAAAUAAAUUUUUUUUUCCUA